AUAAUUGUUUUGCUUUCGUUUUUGACACGUGUAUAAAAAUGGAUUUUGGAUUAAUUUAGUACUUCUAUGUAUAUCGGUUUUAUUCGGAUAUAUGCAAUUUUUAAUGAUGAAAAAAUAACCCAUUUUGAUUUAACAAUGUUGGCGCCAGUUUUGAAAUUGAAAGUUGACAAUCUAGAACGUUUCCUGACACACCUGCAGAUAAGAUUUUGUCAACAUGGCGACCUACAAUUUGAGGAGUCGUAAAUUGGAUCCACAGAAUACAGAAAGAGAAGAAAUGAAAGAAAAUAGUUUUGCUAAAGCAGAUACUUCACGACUAACAUUCACCGACGAAGAAGACAGACCCGCCAUGUCAAAGCCGACUAACAUUAAGUUAUUUGGCUGGUCCUUCAACACCGCGAUAGCAGCCACUCACGUGAACAUAUUCCUGUAUGCUACAUGCUUCUGGAUCCAAACUGGAGCACUACCCUACUUGACAAAGAAGCUGGGAGUGGAUAUGGUGGUGUUUGGUUACCUCCAGACUACAUUUGCUGUUGUUCAGCUGGCAGGUGGUCCGUUGUUUGGAAGAUUUGGUGACUUAUUUGGAGGGAGAGCAGCCAUGAUUCUGGCAUUUACUUCAGCAUCAGCAACAUAUCUCUUCCUCGGUCUUGCUGACAGCUUCCCACUCCUUUUCAUAUCCCGUCUGCCAUCUGUGUUUAUGCAUGCAAUGCAAGGUGGUCAGAUGAUCGUGACGGACAUGGGAGACAAAGAACAGCGGGCAGCUUCACUAGGCAUGCUGGGAUUGUCUUACGGAGUUGGCAUGGUGGUCGGACCAUUCAUCGGUGGAUUAAUCACAAAAUUCUUCAGUGAGCAGACAGCAGCAUUUGCAGCCUUUCUCGGAUCUUUACUCUCUAUAGUAUUCGCUUACUUCUUUACACCGAAGAAAACAAAGAAAGCGUCAGUAACGAGCACAAUAGAAGAGAAGCCAUCCUCUGUGUUUGAUGUUAAAAAGAUUGUCAGAUUGGUCAUGGCCCCAGGAGCCAUGUUUCUGCUGAUUAUUCGUGCUGCAGCAGGUAUACCUAUUGGUGUUUUUCAAAGCAUGUUUUCUGUGGUUGCCUUGGAAACAUUCAAAUUGCCACCUGAACAAAAUGGCUAUAUCCUGUCUUACAUUGGUGUGUUAACCAUGAUUGUACAAGGUCUUGGAGUGGGAGUGUUGACAAAAAAAUACUCAGAAACUUCAAUCUUGAAAUGGUCGUCAUUUUCUCUGAUAUUCUCCUACUUGGCCUUAUCAUUUGUCACGGAUGUCCAGCAGCUGUGUAUUGUGAUAGCUCCUCUAGUGAUGGGACUUGCAUCCUCGAAUAUUGUUAUCAGUUCAGCACUCACUCGUACAGUAUCAGAACUUGACACAGGUGCGAUGCUGGGAUUAAACAUGGCCGUCAACUCAUUUAUACGCUCCCUGUCUCCAACUGUCGGCGGAAUUCUCCUCAAGUACUACGGCUUUGCCUCGUUUGGUUACUUAGGUUUUGUUAUGUUGACAGGGGUUACAAUAUUUCUUUUCUUAAGAAUGAAGGAUGUUUGAUCUUAGACUUGUUUAGCACAAACAAUUUUUGUCUAUUUAUCAAUAAAUAACAAACUUUAAGGUUUACUCAUGUCAAAAUAGAUAUUGUUUGUAUAAUAAUUGUUAUUAUUAUAAUUUACGUUGCUUUGGUUGAAUUGUUCGUGGCGUUGUUUUUAUUUACUAAAAUAGGAUUGUGUGUUAGGUUUUAUGUUGAAAUAUCUUAAUUUAUUGUUUUAUGGAUGAAGUGUAAUAUUGGAUCUACACGUCUAUUUAAUAAUUAUUGAUAGUCAACUAAGAUGUUGUUAUUUUUAAAAGAAAAUAUUUCAUUACUGGUAAUGCUGAAAUAAAAGUCUAUAGCUCAAGGGAUUUUUUCCAGAGAAGUUGAAAAGGAGACCACUACCUAACCAGGUACUACCAUGAGUAAUUGAAAUAAAAUAAACCUUGUGAACAAGUUAUCUGUUGAACACCUUGACCGAUUCAGUUCAUAUUCACAGCAUAAUAUCACACCAUUAAAGCGUACACCUGUUUAGAUUUUCGUUUACAUCGGUCAAGGGCCACAGUUCUCAUUUGACCACUAUUGAAGUAAAACAAGUUUUACGUAUGAUCUGUACAAGAUAUCUCUUGAGCCCUUGACCGAUAUAGUUACUGUAUACACAAUCACAUCACACAAUCCAGCUGCACUUGACCAUUACAAAAUGACAACCUGGUGUAUAAUUAGAUAUAGCACGAACCCUAGACAGAUUUAUUUAAUUGAUGAGGGGGAUUGGGUAAUCGAAGCUUUCAAAAUAAAUUGGAUACAGUAGAACCAAAAUGAAAUAAGCUGUAUUUUAUAUAUACAAUUGUUUUGUACUUCUUGGACUCAUCAGUGAUGCUAAGAACAUAAUGCAAUUGUAGGAGGCAACCAAUUACUCUAAAAAGGUAAAAAGAAAUAUCAAAAUCUGGAUGGAAAAAGACCCAUAAUUUCAAUCAAUUUGAAUAAAAUUUCAUAAUGGAUGUGCAGUAUUGGGUUUCCAAAUAACGUUAAAUACAUGUGUAUUUUCUGAACAACGUUGUAUAUUUUCUGAACCUAGUCGUAUACUCUGAACUAGGUCGUAUAUUCUGAACCAGGUUGUAUAUAUUCUAAACCAGGUCACAUAUUCUGAACCAGGUCAUAUAUUCUGAACUAGGUUGCUGUAUAUUCUGAACCAGGUGGUAUAUUCUGAACUAGGUUGUAAUAGUUUUGAACCAUGUCAUAUUUCUGAACCAUGUCAUUGAAAAGAAUUUAUACAUAAUUCACGCAUAAUUAUAGAUAGCGGAACUUGACUGGGCUGAACGCCGGUGGCUAGGUAGCUCAAAUGGUUAGAGCAUUGUCUAGAGUUCAGAGGUCCCAUGGUGGAGUCCAAACCUGGUCAUUGCAUUUCCCUCCUCUGUUGCAUAUUAAAAUCACAAACUGCUUCAGGUCCAUCCUCUAGGAUGCCCCAGGUCAAGAUUGACCACUGCAGAUCUUGGAUGCUCUACAUCCUGAUCUCUCAUUGUAGAUACAGUGAUGAACAGGCAUAUUACUUAGUACCAUUUACUAUCAACAGAUCAGGUAUUGCUCUUUAAACGAAACACUCCAUUGAUAGUAAUAACUGUGUCUAUCUGAAGAAUAACAAAAUAAAUAUAUUUUUUAAAGAUUACCGGUAUAUUUAUUUCCUGUCUCAAAAUAAUUUUUAUUUUGUGUCUCAAAAUUGAUACAUUUUUGUACUUCACAAAAAUUAUAAAUUUUCCUUAUGGACAUUUGCAUUUAAUAUCGAGUCCACUUGUAAUUAUUAGUCCCCUACCGGUGAAACUAGGGGCACUAAAAGUUUGCCCCUCUGUCUGUCCUGCUUCAUUCCUUUUGGACUGUGAUCAUAUUUUCAAACAAGGAUAAAGGACCAUAUAAUCUCGGGACAAGUGCCAACUUAAAGGAUUUGGGGUCAAGGUCACUGGUUACUAUUUUUAGCAGGAGCUGGUUGGUGACAUGUACUGCUUUAGCAAUACCUAGUAUGCUUGUUUUCUUUAGGAAUUUGACAAUUUGGGUUUUGUGUACAGUAAAACUAUUUCAAUUUGAAAUAUUGGUUUUUUAUUUCGUUUAGGCUGAUUAUCUAUAAAAUAAUGAUGAUUAUCAUUUAAUUUAUGGCACAUUUCCUUUUCCAGAACUAUACAACCAUUUCUCUCUCUCUCUCUUGCUUCAUUGCAAAAUUCUAACACUAGAUAUUUUGACUAUGUUAACCAAAGUAAUGAAUUAAUGUCCAGUGACCAUAAAAUCAUAUGGUACAGUAUAUAAUCUAAUUAGCCAAUGUAUCAGUAUAAAAUAUACAUUACAUCAUUCUGGGAAGAUGCAAGCAAAUAUUCCAUUUAAGAGUUUUAAUAGCUGAAUGUUAGGCUUUUUGACUUUGUUCAAGGGAUUAAUAAGACUGCUGGAUUUUAAUGGUAAAUGUUACUGUGAUAUUAGUAGAGGCAAUACAUUGUUAUAAUUUUCUCCAGGUCCCAACACCAGACGUUAGACAGUUUCAUGGUCAGAUAUUUGCUACAAUAGACAUCUGUCUGUCAAAAUGUCUAAUUAUGGCAUUAGGGCCAGAGGAAACUCGGACUAGUAAAAAUGUAAAAUUCCAUGUGAUAGAUGUCUGAAAGAGAGACAUUCCAAAUAUUGAAACACAUGUGUCACUAACGUUUUUGAAUCUGUUUUUGUAUAUUAAAAUGUUUUGCCAUUAAAACUCAAUUUUUAAACAGA